AUGGGCGCGAGGAAGUUCAGCGUCAUCAGCAUCCCGCCGCUGGGCUGCAUCCCGUCGCAGAGGCUGCGCCGGCUGAAGCAGCUGGGAACGCAGGGCUGCUUCGACCCGCUCAACGACCUCUCGCUGCGCUCCUACCCGAUGCUCGCCGGGAUGCUGAAGCAGCUGAGCUACGAGCUGCUCGACAUGGCCUACUCCCUUGCCAACGCCUACGCCAUGGUCUCCUUCGUCUUCGAGAACCCGCGGACCGACGCCUGGAACUUCACGGACCUGGAGGCGGCGUGCUGCGGCGGUGGCCCGUUCGGGGCGGCGUUCGCGUGCAACGAGACGGCGCCGGUGUGCGCCAACCGCGACGAUUACCUGUUCUGGGACGCCAACCAUCCCGCGCAGACGAUCUUCGCCGGCAACCAGACCUUCGUCAACCCCAUCGACGUCAGGGAGCUCGCAAUGCUGUGA